GCUAAAUUUUAUUCGAUGUUAUUUCGGGCGUACUUAUUGAGAAACGCGUAAUUGCCCGUUGCCAGAAACCUCUCCGGUGCUUUAAAGCUGCCGCUUCCCGGGAGCACCUGAACGCAGCGCGGGAGCAUCCGGCUGUGUAGUGAGGAGGAGGAGGAGGAGGGAUGAGAGGAAGGAGAGGGACAGGAAGAAGACGAAGCAUAUCGAUGGUAAGCAUGAAAAAUAUUCCCGGACUCUGAGCUGAUCGACGGGGAAAACAUCUUCCCUCGCUCGUUAAGAGGCCGCGACAGGAAGCGGAGGGAGACAACGGCGGGAUGGAGGAGGAGAAGCAGUUCCUUUGUGGGGUGGUGGAAGGUUUCUAUGGUCGACCCUGGUCCAUGGAUCAGAGGAAAGUUCUCUUCCAGUGGAUGCAGCUGUGGGGGUUGAACACCUACCUGUACGGCCCCAAAGACGAUCUGAAGCACAGACUGCUGUGGAGGGAAGUCUAUUCUCCCGAAGAGGAAGCUCAGUUGCGUACUCUUAUAGUGGAAGCUCAGUCCCGGGGUCUGAGGUUUGUUUACGCGCUCUCCCCUGGUCAGGACAUCGUCUUCUCUUCUUCCUGCGACUUGACGCUGCUCAAACGGAAGCUGAAACAGGUGUCAGACCUGGGGUGCCAGGCGUUCGCCAUCCUCUUUGACGACAUCGAUCACUCCAUGUGCCAGGCCGACAGCGAGGCCUUCACUUCAUUUGCCCACGCUCAGGUCACAGUAACUAACGAGAUUUACCGCUUCUUGGGGGAGCCGCCUGUCUUCCUUUUCUGCCCUACAGAGUAUUGCGGUUCUCUGUGCUCCCCAAGUGUGUCAAAAUCUCCCUACCUGCAAACAGUCGGAGAGGACCUGCUACCUAACAUAACGGUGAUAUGGACAGGCAGCAAAGUUAUCUCCAGGAAACUGUCCUUAGACUGCCUUGCCGAGUUGGAGUGUGUCCUCCAGCGGCCCCCGCUGAUCUGGGACAACCUGCACGCCAACGACUAUGAUACCCGACGUCUCUUCCUGGGGCCUUUCAAGGGUCGCGACCCUCAGCUAAAGAACCACCUGAGGGGUCUGCUGCUCAAUCCCAACUGCGAAUUCGAAGCCAAUUACAUCCCACUGCAUACUCUGGGAAGCUGGUUCAGAGCUGAAAAAGAUUACGUAAAAGACGAGGAGUGUGAAUACUGUCCAGAGAGAGCUUUAACUGCUGCACUUCAUGACUGGAUGGAAGAACUUAAUCAACCUCUGCAAGCAGGUCGGCAGAGCACAAGAGCAGACCACCGGGCCUCCGUCUCCUCAUCGCGUACCAAAGCUUCUGACAGGUCCGACUGUCCCUCCACCUUCAGAGCCGCGCACGCUGUGGCCAAACUCCCCGUCUUCCCACUCAACUCCAGCUCUCCACCCUCAUCCCCUCCUAUGGGCAAAGUGGAGAGAGAGGGGCGAGAAGGGGACAAAAAGAGGCCACACCAAUCAAGUCAGCAACUUCCGGGAUCGAGGUCGGGCGCGCCCGCAGGUGGGGGCCGGGCGCCGGGUCGUGGGCUCUGUGGCGGGAAGGGCCUACUGAGCGAGGCCCAGGUGCGGCUGCUCGUCGGCCUCCACUACCUCCCCCAUGAGCACGGCCCUUCGGCGCAGAAGCUGCUGCAGGACCUCAGCUGGCUAAAGUCAAACUGCCACCUGGUCGGUGCGAACAGCAAGAAGACGCAGCCUCAGAAGGUUGAUGAGUGGCGUGGGCGGGCCGCCAGGUUCCUGUCUCUGUGCGAAGACAUAGCCCAGCUCCACUGCAGCGUAGUGGGCGGGGCUAACAGGGCCGUGCUCUAUGACCUUUACCCUUAUGUGUGGGACCUGAGGAACACAGCUCUGGUGGCAAAGGCCUUCAUAUGCUGGCUGGACGGACGAGUGCUGAAUGACGGCUCCAACCUCGCCUCCUGGAGGAACUGUUUCCACUGGUGUGGGAAAUCCACAGGAGCAGAGCUGCUGGGAGUGGACUCAGAGCCAUGGGUGUUCAAAGGGGGGGUGUCUGGGGAGGUGCAGAUGCUCCUCCCGAUAGGCAGCAGCAGUGAACUUUUCACUCAUCCCCCUCCUCUCUUUCCUACCUCUCGUCUCUACAACAUCAGGCCCUAUCACAGCAAAGACAAGGUGGAGCUGUACCGGAUGGUCCGCCAGCUUCACCUGAGGACUCAGGGUGGACAGGAGUCCACCGUGGCUCAUCCAGAUGUCAUUGGAGACAGAUGUCUUGGCCCAUGUCUGGCCCUGAGCCCUGAGUACAGCUUCAUCCUGGAAGAUGAGCUCGGCAUUUGCGGCUGCGUGCUGGGCAUCCUAGACGUCCGCUCCUUCGCGAAGCGAUGCCAGGCCAGCUGGAUUCCUGCCAUGAGAGAUAAAUACCCACCCAAAGGGAGCAGCACACACUCAAACACACAGGACUUGGUGAAACUGAUGGAGGAGGACCAGGGCGAGUACCCGGACUCGCUCCUCUACCACUUCCCCUCUCAGCUGCGGCUGGACGCGCUGCCCGAGCUGGUGGACGUCAGCGUCAGCCGAACCCUGCUCACCGCCCUGCUCACUGCGCUCAAGGCCAACGGUUCUCAGGGUGUCUUCUGUGAGGUGCAGCCUACAGAUCAGCAGAGGCUGGAGUUCUUAACCAAACUGGGCUUCCUGGAGAUCCUCAGAGGAGAAGCCAGGAGCAGAGAGGGCGUGGUGCUCGGACGGCUGCUCUGAAAACCACGUCAACAAAAAAAAAAACAAAAAAAAACACUCGCACUUGCCAUCACCUGGUCACACAUUUCAGCAUCAACAUUGAUUAGUUCAUCAGUUUAUCAAAGUGCAUGGUUAGGUACAACAAAGGUUAUUUUUUAGGGACUCCUGAUGCUUGUUUUUAACAAAAAUCUUGCCACAAAUGUCACCUUUGUUCGAUCAGCUCGAGGCGUCUCCCUCCUACGCAUGUAAACAUUUUGAAUAACGUAAAGAGAAGGUUUCUUACAAUUCCGUUAUUGUGCUUGUUCAAAAAAAAAAAAAAACAUUGCUCUCUUACUUUGACUAGGACAUGUUUCAUGUAAGCAGCAGCCCCGUUCAGAAAUAUUUUGCCAACGGUCACCGUUUUAUUUUAAGUCGUUUGGUUUAAAAUCUGCCGACAUAAAUAAGACGUUCCACCAGAAAACCGAAAGAAAACCAAAGCAAGAAAAAUUGUGGAGUUCAAAAAAGGGUUAGAAUCUGUAAGAUGAGAGAGGAAAAUGCCACAUGGGCAGCCCUACUUUAGCAUAAUUAUAUCUCUAGGUAGCUUAGACUUGUUUUUACUUAUUGAUACCAACUACAGCCUGCUUGACGAGUAACUGUCUCAAUUUCCUCUUAUCUCAAAACGGUAAACUCAACUGAAGCAUGAAAGGGGAUUCAGGAGCCUUUUGGUUGCCUUCAGGUUAAUGGAAUGCAUUGCAUGUUGUGAAGGUUUAACAGUAAACAUGUCACUAAAAACAACAGGCUUACAUGCAUAACGCACAAAAAUGGGUGAAAAUGUUAUAGAAACUCUUUAGCUUGAUUAAAAACCUUAAUGAAGAGAUCAAACAGGCAUGAGCCACAAGAUUUUUGAGCAUUUUAUAAACUAGGGUUUAAACCCUUUAAAGAGCUGCUUGACAAAUACCUUCAAUCAGGGAAAGCAACAAGUGUUUUAAAUGGAGGCGUAGCUCAAAAUGUAAGGAAUUUUAUUAGAGGUAUUUUUAUUAGAUAAAAAGUAAGUUUAUUCUUGGAAAUGCAGCACCGAACCAGUAAUACUCUUAAAAGGUUGAGGUGCAGAUAUACUGAUAUGUUUCUCGACUCUGUGUAGUUUCAACCACUUUUUCUGCCUGGAUGAGCAGAACUGCUUUCCUCAGUUUCACUGAAAAGAAAGUGAGCACAACAUUUUCCAAAAAAAAAAGAGAAACCUGCUUGUUUAAAACCUGCUUAGCACCAACCUGCAGAAACACAGAGCUGGUGAUAAAUUGACUUCCCAGAGCAUUUUUUUCUUUUCUUUUCUUUUGCUUCUUGCUUUUGAUCUGAUUUGGAUAAGCCUAUGUCUCAUAUUUCUUUGAAGAAAUAGUUUUGGACAUUCAAAACUAAUUUCAGCCACUUAAUUUAGCUAAAAUCCACAUUAGUUGAUCCCACAGACUGAAGGCUGCUCCGCAUAAGAGUGAAGUUUCACUUCAUGAGUAAUAUGCUGUUUACUUUUGAUAAAUUCUAACAAAAAGAAGCCUUGGUGUUUUAUCCUUGACUGUUUACAUCUUAGUAGUUCAGUGGGACAUUUGGUGUCAGUACAUUUAAUAAACUAUAUUUAAGCUGUUAAUUUGUAAAUGAAGACGUUAUAGGCGAGUUUUAACCCUUUGUACAGGUAAAGGUCAUUUGUUCUCCUGGUUUAUGUCGAUGCUCAGCAAAUUGUAGCAGCAGCCACACAGUUCAUGUCAAUUCCUAAAGGCAGGAUUAAAACAGAUUUAUCCGUUUGAUUUUGUGCUCUGCUUUGUAAAUGAUGGAUUUUUUUCCCCUCAUUUUAUCAUUAUUUUUACUUUGGUAGUUGUUUCUUUAUAUAUAUAUUUAUCCCAUUGAAAUCAUCUGACAACCUCAAGUUCUUUGUUUACUAUUUUUCUAGAUAAGAUGAAUGUUUACAUACAUGAAAAACAAAACCUCGUGUCGCUCUUCUACCAAGCAGGGUUACACCGUAUACACACACAAAAACAUGCAAAGGGAACUGCAACGGCUGGCGCUCACCCGCAUUAACGCACAUGAAGAUGAUCUAUUUGGGAAUUGCAGUUGUAAAAAAUGUAGUAAGAGGAGGACAUUUUAAAUGUAUGCAUGCUAAAACUCAUUAGAAAAACAGAAAAUAAAAGCUAAAAACAUAUAGAUAUAUAUGCACACACCAACACAUUUUACUCUUGGUUCUCUUUUAUUUAUUUUUUACAGAUACCUUCCAUUAUUAUUAUUAUACAUCACUUACAUGGCUGAGUCAUGCUUAAACAUAACCACUCAGUGAAAAGCGUGACAUUCAUUUGAGGCGGAUGCAAGAGUGGGCAUGUGAAUAAUUAAAGUGCGACAGCUGUGUCAUCCGUCCUUCAUUAUAAACCCCAACGAGGCACCAAUGCACCGUUCACACCCUGACACACACACACACACACAAACAAAAAGAAGCACAAACGCACUCAGUUCAACUGAAAGUAUGUAGAACAAUGAAUGUUUUUUUUUAUUUACACUACUUGUGCAAGCAUUUAUAUUUCAACCUUUUUUAUUUACAAUUAUGUUCAAUCAAUAGACUUAAGACACUUUUGUACAAUUUUCCUUAAAAGUCUCUCGUGAGGUGCUUUGUAAUAAUAAAUGAACAAAGAAGGCAUAGACAAAAAUAAAGCACCAAAACUGAAUUGCAUGAUGUAAAGCAAAAAAAAAAAAAAAAAAA